AGACCUCUUUGUUUCCUCCUGGUCAACGCCUCGCUCACCGCUGUAGCAACCACCGUCUUCCCCCGGUCUGGUUGUCCAAUCGCAGACAACAUGAUUCCUCGUCCGACUCUUCAAGGCUUCGUGGAGGCGGAGCAAAAGUACACAUGGUGGCGCUCGGACUGGAUCAACUCCUACUCGGUUGACUCGGCCCAAUACGAGACUACGAGCGACUGACAGCAGAUGAGAAGGAGGAAAAGCAGGCCUUUGCUACAACGUCGACGGCGUCGAGACGCCCUAGAACUAGUCAAGACGAUUGGAGACUCCUCAUCUCCACAGUCAGCAUUCAAGCUGUACGAUGGCUUCCUUUGCCAAGAAUAGAUUCGCUGGAGUGCGAGCACGGCCUCCCGGGCUUAGGAGCUAUCGAUGAGGAUAUAAUGAACCCAUGAUGCCCAGUCUCUAUCACUUGGCUCAUCAGGAUACGCCUCAUCAUCUCCUUCGUCUCUAUCAUUCCUUCUCGAUUCGAUAGAAUCAUCCUUUCGUUCUGCGACUUCAGCAUACACAUCAUCUAGACCACUCUCUAUCAACUUCUCUUCUACCCGGUACACAACUAUUUCGAACUCAUCAUGCGUGUGUCAACUUUCCUUACUACCGCCCUCGCGGCCACGCCCAUCAUCGCCUACCCCGGCAUGAAGAACACAUUCGCCGAGAUCCGCUCCCGCGCCGAUGUAGACGGUAACGGCGCUGACGACGGAGACUCUAACGAGCUCAUUGGCGAUCUCAUCACCCUCGACGACUCCAAGCUCACCGCCGUCGGAAGCAGCGUCAAGAAGCUCCUUACCGGUUUCGAUAACCCCGAGAGCGAUGACGCCUACCCAACUGUUGGAAGAUCAGGCACCCUCGCACCAAAGGGCUCAGCGGCUUGCGCUGCUGACACCUGCUGUAUCUGGAAGUACAUCGCCAACGAUCUUCAGGGUACCUUCAGGGGCAGAUCCGGCCGUUGCACCGACUUCGCCCGCGCUGCCGUCCGUCUUGGCUUCCACGAUGCCGGCGGAUGGUCUAAGGGAACCGGCAACCUCGGCGGAGCUGACGGCUCUAUCGUCCUCGCUUCAGAGGAAAUCGCCCGCGGGGAGAAUCAUGGUCUCGAGGAGAUUGUUGCCCAGACCCAGGUCUGGUUCGACCGCUAUAAGCAGUUUGGAAUCGGAAUGGCCGAUCUCAUCCAAUUCUCCGCAACUGUAGCCACUGUUGUCUGCCCCUUGGGUCCCCGCAUCCGCACAUACGUCGGCCGAAAGGACUCCUCCGUCCCUGCUCCCCUCAACCUUCUGCCUCCCGUCACCGGCUCUGCCGACUUCUUGAUCGAGCUCUUUGAGAACAAGACUAUCAAGCCCCACGGUCUCACCGCACUCAUCGGCGCCCACACGACCAGCCAGCAGCGCUUCGUGGACCCCAGCCGCGCCGGCGACCCGCAGGACAGCACCCCCGGUGUCUGGGACGUCAAGUUCUACAAGGAGACCCUCGGCUCCGCUCCCGCUCGUGUCUUCAAGUUUGCCAGCGAUGUUGUUCUCGCCAAGGACUCCCGCAUCAGCUCCGAGUUCCAGGCUUUCGCUGGCCAGGGCGGACAGUCCCACUGGAACCAGGACUACGCUCGCGAGUACAUCCGCCUCUCUCUUCUUGGUGUCUUCAACAUCAAUGACUUGACCGAGUGCACCAAGGCCCUGCCUCCUCGUACCGGAAGCACCUUCACCGCUCCCGACCAGGCUGUUUUGGACAAGUGGCUCGCUACCAAGGACCGCCUUAACAACAUCGCCGAUCAACUCAGGAACGGUGGCGACAUCAAUGGUAUGAUUGCCUCGGUCAUGAGCUGGUUGAAGGGAGUCUUCCACUUCAGGUGGUAAACCCCUUUUGGUUUCCGUCCUGUCAUGUUCGGGUCAUAGAGGCGUUCGGGUCUGUUUUUGGUAUAUAGAAACCGCCG